AUGGAGCGCUUAAUUCCGAUUAUCAACAAACUCCAAGAUGUCUUUAAUACUGUUGGCCAGGACAUUAUUGACCUUCCACAGAUCUGUGUCAUUGGAAGUCAAAGCUCCGGAAAAUCAUCAGUUUUAGAAUCCAUCGUCGGACGUGACUUUCUCCCACGUGGUUCUGGAAUUGUAACACGUCGUCCAUUAAUUCUUCAAUUAAUUCACCUCGAAGCACCACCUCCAGAGGAUCAGCCUCAAGAGUACGGUGAAUUCGCACAUUUACCAGGUCAAAUUUUCACCGAUUUCAACGCAAUCAACGAAGAAAUCGUUAACGAAACAGAUCGUGUUACCGGUACCGGCAAGAAUGUCAGUCCAAAACCAAUUUCACUUCGUUUAUGGUCAAAUAAAGUUUUAAACUUGACACUUGUCGAUCUUCCUGGUAUUACAAAAGUUGCUGUCGGCGACCAGCCACAGUCAAUCGUCCAAGAAAUCUACGAUAUGGUUAAAUCUUUCGCCAUAAAACCAAAUUGUUUGAUCUUGGCAAUUACACCUGCAAACCAGGAUCUCGCGAACUCCGAUUCUCUCAAGCUUGCCCGUGAAGUUGAUCCAGCCGGCGACAGAACAAUCGGCGUCAUUACGAAAGUUGACUUAAUGGACCAAGGAACGAAUGCCAGAGACAUCCUCGAAAACAAGAUCUACCCACUCAAGCUCGGCUACAUCGGUGUUGUCAACCGUUCUCAGAACGAUAUCAACACGAACAAAUCCAUGGAAGAUGCCAGGAAGGACGAACGCCAAUUCUUCGAAAACCACCGCGACUACUCCGAUCUCGCUGAUCGCUGCGGCACUGCCUACCUCACAGUUGUCCUUAACCGCUUACUUAUGGAACAUAUCAGAUCUUGCAUGCCUUCUUUAAGACAUACAGUUCAGACAAUGCUUGAACAAAAGGAGACUGAGCUCGAAGGUUACGGUACAGACCCUACAACAUCAAAGGGAACCCUUAAUGCUUUCGUUUUAGACGUCAUUACGAAAUAUCUCGACAUUUUCAACACUUUACUCAGCGGCAAGCGCGAUAAAGACGAUGACGACACAACCUCUCGUGGUGGUGCUCGUAUUUCCCGCGUUUUCCUUACAGAUUACGAAAAAGCAAUCGAUGAAUUACCUGGCCUUGCACAAAUGAACGACAAACAGGUCUUCAAUCUCAUGAAGAACCACGCCGGCCUCUCUGUACCUCUUUUCACCCCACACAAAGCGUUUGAUAUGGUCUUAUUCAGAACAAUCGAACAAUUACGAGCUCCUUCCAUGAAAUUGAUCGACGAUGUUGUCAAGAUCCUCUUCGAUAUCCACAACCAAGUCGAUUUCAUGGAGCUUUCCAGAUUUAAUAUUCUUGCCGAUGCAAUUCACGCCGUUGUUGAUGAAUGCAUCAGAUCCUGCAUCAAGCCAACACAAGACUUCGUUUCCGACCUCAUCGACAACGAGAGAUCCUUCAUCAACACAGCGAGACCAGAUUUCCGCGGUGACCAAGCAAUUUACGCCGGAAAGGCCAAAGAUCCGAGAACAAGGCCUCUUCCUGAGAAACCAGCCGUUCCUGAUCCAGUCGGCGUCUGCUCCAUCUACGGCGCAUCGAAGGAACUCACUCCUCAUCAGAGCACAGAGAUCAAGGACUUGGAACAGAUCGGAGGAAGGUAUUUCGACAUCAUCAGGCGUCAGAUCAAAGACUUGGUUCCAAAGGCAAUCGUUAAGUUUUUAGUCAACAGAUCGACGGAGAUGCUCCGCCCGAAGAUGAUUGACGACAUUUUCACAAUGCAAGAAUUGACAACACUUCUCCAGGAGGAUCCUUCAAUCACAAGAAAGAGAAUCGCUUGCACACAGAUAGUCACCGCACUUAGAAAGGCUCAGGUUAUCCUCCUCGAAGUAAGAACUCUCAAGAUCUAA